UAUGACUCGAUGGACAGGCUAAGGCACCGAGAUGAUGUUGAUUUGUUGUACCGAACUGGCGGGUCGGUAUGCAGGAUUCUUGAUGAAUCUCCAUGAUCUUGGCGUUUUUGCUUUCCCAUCUCUGACGUUGUUUCGGAAGUGGAAGAUGAUGAUGCUGGGGCAGCUCCAUUUCUCCGCUGCUUGUGCCCGCGUUUGCAAAGUGCUGGCAAAAAGUCGAUUGUCCGGAGCCGAGCCUCGUCCUACUCUGCGUCCCUGACCAUCCACCAUGUCGUGAGGGUUUCCCGAGAGGCUUGCCAUGACAGUAUGAGACCAUGUUCAUUCCCGACACGGUCAUGGCGACGCUGCUUCCACGACUACUUUGUCACGCACCUGCCGCAAUCCUCACUACACCCGGACUCCAACCAUAAGCUUCCGCGAGAUGUCGCCGCCCCUCACGACAAGUCGUCCGGCAGACAGCCCGCCAUCUUGUCGCCUGCCCGACGCGACACGACUGUCGUGAGAAUCCCGCUCAAGUCGGCGAAACAUCACUAUGGAGCGACUUGCCUACGAGGCGGUCGUCCUCACAACGAAGACACGCAUCAAGCCGGCACUAUCGAGAUACCUGCCUUUGCCAAACGCCAGCCCGCGAGCUUGACCCGCGCAAAUAAGCUGUUGCAGGAGAAUGGUGCUGCUAGCGAGAGCGGCGACCCCCAGGUCUUCUACUUUGGUGUCUUUGACGGUCACGGCGGUGCACAAUGCGCAGAGUUCUUGAGAGAUCGACUGCAUACCUAUCUGGAAGAGUCGGCUACCAAGUUCCACAUGCAGAGUAGUCUGCAAGAGACACAAGAGAGCGAUGCUGGACACGAGGACGUCAUUGAUCUGCAGCGCAGUCUGGUCAAUGCCUGGAAAGAGACCGUCGGCGGCUACUUUCGUCGUUUCCGUCCGCAAUACUUUAGCAUUCACAAGCCGACGGCGAGCACAGAUGAGCAGCCCACUGCCGUCAAUUCUAUCCAGGCUACACUGAUGUAUGCUUUCCUCAAUGCCGACAUGGACUUUACUGCAGCCCAGGCUUCCAAGCACACACCCUCCCUCCCUUCCUCCACCGAUGAUCCAGUCUUGAGCGACAGACCACUCAACGACAACGACAUUCUCUCAUCUCCCUCAAGACCGGCUUCACAAAACCUGUCCAACAAGUUAAAACGUCCUAUUGGCGGACAAACGCGCUUCCAGGGCGGCUCUACCGCUUCGAUCGCCCUCAUCUCCACACCCACCCCUACCCCCUUCUGGAAUCCAGCAUCGCCCUCCACAAUCGUGACAGCCCACUGCGGUGACACUCGUAUCCUCCUCUGCCGUGUCAGCGAUGGCAAAGCAGUACCCUUGACCACAAACCACCACCCUUCCACCCCAGUCGAAGCAACACGUCUCCGCCGCUUCGCCGCAACUUUCGUAACCGAUAGUUUCGGCGAAGAACGCAUCCUCGGUCUCGCCAAUACACGCUCUUUCGGUGACAUAAGUUCCAAACGCAUCGGUGUGUCCGCAGAACCCGAGAUCCGCACUACACACGUGGAGCCAGGUGAAUACAGCUUCUUGGUCCUCGUCUCUGACGGCGUGACGGGAUCGCUGGAGGAUCAGGAAAUCGUGGACAUUGUCAAGGAGGCAAAGACACCUGAAUCUGCGUCCAAGGAGUUGGCGACAUUCGCUACAGAGGUUGCUGGUAUCAGGUCCGAUAACGCUACUGCUGUUGUUGUGAGACUUGGUGGGUGGGAGCGAAGAGGAGAGGGAGGUGGUGGUAGUAUUGGUACAAAGGAGGUGAGGGAUUGGAAGAGGGUGCAGGCUGAUGAUCCGAGAUCGAGCAGGCAGUGAGGUCAAGCUCGACUUGUCUGUUGUCUCUUCACCCUACCUUCUCUACUUCUCUUCAUACAUAUUUCUCUUCGUCGUCUUUCUGCGUUCGGCGUUGGGCUCUCGCAUUUGAGCAAUCAUUUGGAUUUCAGGCAAGCAUCUCGGUCUUUUUCUUUUCUUCUUGGUCGCCUAUAUCGUUUCAUAGCACUUUCUGGCGUUUUUAAACCCAGCAGGGAAUAGGUCGAAUUAUUCCCACGUACAGUUCCAAGCAUCCUGAUCUACUGUUCGAUCGUACACUUCCCCUUGAUCUCUGAAAAG